CUUCAGUGGGCUGGAAGUUUGUCCAGAUCAUCCUGGAUGCAGCUGAAGAGCCGACCACCUCCAUACGGCUGGAAGGGACUUCCUGUCCUGGAGGCCAGCCUGUCCCUCCUCAACAGCUCCCGGCUUUUUGGUCGGGAAUCACCUGGCAGGUGUGUCCGCUGUGCCGUGGUUGGAAACGGAGGAAUUCUUCGAGGGUCCCGGCAAGGCAGGAACAUCGACGGCCAUGAUUUGGUCUUCAGAAUGAAUGGAGCAGUGAUCAGAGGGUUUGAAGAAGAUGUGGGGACGAAGAUUUCUUUCUACGGUUUUACCACCAACACCCUGAAGCACGCCCUCAGCUGGUACCAUUCUGAUGGCUUCACCAGAGUUCCUCAGAGUUCGGAGAUCAAAUACAUCUUCAUCCCAUCUAACAUCAGAGAUUAUGUGAUGAUGGCGGCCGUUCUUCAGGGUGGAACUGUUGCCUCAGGGAGAGACAGAGGAGACAGACCCUGGGACUAUUUUGGGCACAAACUACCUGGAAGCUUCAAGAUGCUCCACCCACAGUUUAUUUCCUAUGUGACUCACAGUUUUCUGAUGUCUCCUCUGAUGACCAGCAGCCUGACUCGUGACUUCUACAUGCCGAGUACCGGAGCUCUGAUGCUGCUGACGGCCUUACACACCUGUGACCAGGUUUCUGCUUACGGCUUCAUCACCAGGAACUACCUCGACUUCUCCGACCAUUACUAUGACUCCGUGCCGAGGCCUCUGAGGUUUUAUGCCAACCACGACCUGCAGUUGGAGAGUCGCCUGUGGGAGGCGCUACACCGCCGGAGUGUGCUCUGGUUGUUCCAGAGAGGAGGAAGACAACGAGGAGGAGGAAGGUGACUGAGGAGGUGUCCAACAGUUCGGGUCGUCUCCAGCGGUUGGGGACAGGCCAGUUCAGCAGCUGUACCCUCCUCCUACCAUCCCAGAGCCUGGCUGCAACGACUGGUUGCUGGAUGCUCCUUCUCCACCAAACAUCUGGAGAACUGAUCCAUCUGACCUAUGUUCCCACUGUGGGAUGGACCAUCUUAGAGAAGCUGACUCCUCCUCUGAGGCUUCUUCUAUGCGCAUUAAAGUCUAUGAAUGUAACUCUGGGUUGUAGAGCUGGAUGAAGGUUCUCCAAACUAAUUCUGCUCCAUGAGGUUCUUCCAGGAGGUGAUGAAUUGAUGUUCUGGAUGGGAAACUGUUUGAGGGAUCAGAGAUCACUGCGGUCCAGCUGAUGCUACUUCCUGAUAUUCCUCCUGGUUCCUAAGAUGGUUUCAGAAUGUUCUGCUCCACCGAGGGAGAAGCAUAAAGAUCCUUAAUGUGGUUCUCAAAGGAAUUUUGUUUCUAAUUUAACUGGGAUUUUUAUAACUCUGUGAUUUUUCAUGUUUCUGAAAUAGCUAUUUUUACUGGGUCUGUGGAAGCCUGACAUGCUGGGAUGGGUGUGAGCAGAUGAGAUGAUGUUGAGAUGUUUAGAGGAAUGAAGGAAACAAGGAUUCUGCUCCAACAUUUCUUUGUAUUUGGGAAUAUUUUAUAGAAAUGAAGCUAAAUAAAAAACGUGUUUCUUUUCCA